GGCGCGUCCCCGGCGCUCAGAGCCUUUGUCUUUGCAGCUACGAUAUGGUGCACUACGGCCACUCCAACCAGCUGCGCCAGGCGCGGGCCAUGGGCGAUUAUCUGAUCGUGGGAGUGCACACGGACGAGGAGAUCGCCAAGCAUAAGGGCCCCCCCGUCUUCACGCAGGAGGAGAGGUACAAGAUGGUGCAAGCCAUCAAGUGGGUGGAUGAGAUUGCGCCCGGGGCUCCUUAUGUCACCACGCUGGAAACCUUGGACAAAUAUAACUGCGACUUCUGCGUGCACGGCGAUGACAUCACCUUAACGAUAGAUGGCAAGGACACCUACGAGGAAGUGAAGACAGCUGGGCGAUACAGGGAAUGCAAACGCACUCAAGGUGUGUCCACUACCGACCUCGUUGGCCGCAUGCUGCUCAUGACUAAGGCUCACCACAGCAACAUAGAUGAGGACCUAGACUAUCGGAAGCACACUGACAACUUUGGGAAGGGACCAAAGGGUCAUAGUCCUUGGACCGGUGUCUCGCAGUUCCUGCAGACAUCUCAGAAGAUCAUCCAGUUUGCAUCAGGGAAGGAACCACAGCCAGGAGACACUAUCAUCUACGUGGCCGGAGCCUUUGACCUGUUCCAUAUUGGGCAUGUAGAUUUCCUGGAGAAGGUUCACCAGCUGGCAGAGAGACCCUACAUCAUUGCUGGGCUGCACUUUGACCAGGAAGUAAAUCGUUACAAAGGGAAGAACUAUCCCAUCAUGAACAUCCACGAGAGAACGCUCAGUGUCUUGGCUUGCAGGUAUGUCUCAGAAGUGGUGAUUGGAGCCCCCUAUGCUGUCACUGCUGAUCUGCUGGAUCACUUCAAGGUAACUCUUGUGUGUCAUGGGAUGACCGAGGUGGUUCCAGACAAGGAUGGUUCUGAUCCGUAUGAGGAACCGAAGAGACGUGGCAUUUUCCAGCUCGUGGACAGCGGCAGCAACCUCACCACAGAUUUAAUUGUGCAAAGAAUCAUCAAGAACAGGCUGGAGUUUGAAGCCAGGAACCAGAAGAAGGAAGCCAAAGAGCUGGCAGUAUUGGAGGCCAUGAAGAGACUGGAGGAAGAGAAGCAUUAGACCAGCAGGGAGCUGAUGCGUUGCUCACAGAACGCCGCAGCGUCGCCUUCUGGAGGAGCAGGGAGCUCUUCUAGGGAGGACUGAACAGGGACAGCGCUGCCCGUGUGCUCAGGAAGUGCUGUCCUACCCUCUCCUGCACUAAUUAUGCAGACGUAAUGAGUUGGGAUCUUGUUGCCUAGUUCUUCCUCUGUUAAUCAGCCACUGUUCCCUUUCCCAGGAGAAGAUUUGACAAAAGGAAAAAAAAAGAAAACGAAGGUUUUAAUUAUAACUAACGUUUUAACAUGUUGAUGUGCUUUUACUUUCUGCCAUUUCUGGCUUUUAGAAGAUUGGAAAUGGAGCAGCUGCUCGGGCCCCUCCUGCCCCCAUCCACGUCCCGCUGUCCUGCUCAGAGCCUGCAUUUUGGAGCAGCCCUUCAGGCAGCGGUGC